AUGGAUCAAGAAGUAUCUCUGGAGAAAUUGUUGGAAUUGUUUGAUAAUUUCACCGCAACUAGCUUACAAAAUUUGCCACGACGACACACGGUUGUGUCAGAAGACCAUACGAGAAGCGUCAUUGACAGCUCGAGCCUGACAGCGCGUGGCGUGGUUGUGGCAGAGUGUCCGUGUGAAGAUGGGCCUCGUCUCGAGCCCCUUCCCAUAGCAAAGAGCAGCCGUGGGGAGAGAAACCGCAGAUUUCCCUGCAAACACAUACCGGUCGAACUUGGACCUGUCGGGUUCGACAUUGUUUACAAAUUGUGGACGCUACCGUACAAUUUUCUUUCAAGAAUUGUUUGUGCGACUGCGUCUAUAAUAGUCAGGAGACGGAGAGGUUUCCAAGCCCGUAUCGAAGAGGAUUCUACCGCCCCAAGGGCCCUGAUGAAAAUGGACUCGGAACUGCUGCACUCGCCGGCCGUGUGCCUGGCUGAGGAGGAGGAGGCGGACAUGAGCGACUGGAACCUGCCGCUGGCCUUCAUGAAGAAACGCCACUCAGAGAAGAUCGAGGGCUCCAAGGCCCUAGCCCAGAGCUGGAGGAUGAAGGACAGGAUGAAGACAGUGAGUGUGGCCCUGGUGUUGUGUCUCAACGUGGGUGUGGACCCACCUGACGUGGUCAAGACCUCACCCUGCGCCAGACUGGAGUGCUGGAUCGACCCUCUGUCCAUGAGUCCACAGAAAGCCCUGGAGACCAUCGGGGCCAACCUGCAGAAGCAGUAUGAGAACUGGCAACCUAGGAGGGAUCUGUAA